UCCACCAUUACCCCCUCCCUCUAAUCUUCUAUAAGUUUGGACUCCAUCUCCUCCCUCUAUUCUCUCCCUCCUUUCUGGCUUUUAACUUGCUCUCCAGGAGAGCCUGAGAGAGGGAAGGAGGCAUGGGUUGCAAAUUCUCUUGCAGAUCAUCACAGACGUUCGAGGGCGUGCGGGUGAUCCACAUCAACGGCUACGUGGAGGACUUCGUGGGGCCGGUCACGGCGGGCCAGGUAACGGGGAAGCCCCCCAAGCACGUGCUCUUCUCCGCGGCCCACCUGCUCUCCCCGGGCUCUCGACCGCUCCAGCUCGACGACUUGCUCGAACCGGGCCGGAUCUACUUCCUCCUCCCCCAUUCCGUCUUCCAGUCCGACACGUCGCCGGUGGACCUGGCCUCUCUCGCCACCCGGCUCACCGCCAUGGCGCGUCGGGGGGGCGGGCCGGCACCCGCCGGAGGCCCACAGCCGACCGGUGUGUUGGGGAAUAUUGGGCCGGGGACUGAUGGGCCGUGGCGGUCGAGGGCUCGGACGUGGAGGCCGGAGCUGGACCCGAUCGAGGAGCGGUCUCUGGGGCGGUCCAUGGGAAGGGAGUCCUACAGCAGCUCCAGCCCCGAUCGGAAACGUGAAAUGGUCGCAGGUUGGGAAUAUCCCGCCCGUAAUGUGCCGUGACUUUUGCUUGGCACGUGUGUAGUGCUCCACGCGUGUGUGGGUUUUUGGGUGUUCCGAAAUGGAUGGGUUUUUCUCUCUUCUUUUUUUUUUUUUUCCUUUUUAUAAAUAAUAUAUGAACUUUCUCUCUCU